AUGGCGGCAAAACUGACCAAAGAAGAAGCUGAGGAAUAUUUUGCUCGUAUAAACUAUACAGGAUCAAAAGAACCAACUGUCGAGGUUUUGACAGAACUACAUCGAUGUCAUAUCCUAUAUGUACCAUUUGAAAACCUGAGCGUUUAUGGAAAGGAGAAAAUAGAGCUCUCUAAAGAAUGGCUGUUUGAAAAGAUUGUGCGAAGACAUCGAGGUGGAUUUUGCUUUGAGCUAAACAAGAUGUUUUCUUUUCUCCUCAAUUAUCUCGGAUUUGAAUACACGACACUUGCUGCCUCAGUGUUUAGAAGGAAGACAGGCGUCCAAAGUCCACCACUUUCUCAUCUCGUUCUUACGGUAGAAGUCGGAGGCGAGCUGUUGCUCGCCGAUGUCGGGUUCGGCGAUUCCUUUUGGUUGCCUCUUCGUUUCACUGGCUUACGAGAACAUCAAGAACAACAGAGUGGCACUUAUCGAAUUCGAAAGAGUGGAAACGACCAUAUCUGUGAAGAAAAGAUCAAAAUAAUUGUCGAUGAAACUGGCCAAGAAGAAAUUGCGAAGGAGCAAUUUACAAGUCCCGAGGAUCCUAGGUGGGUGCCGAUAUACACAUUUGACCUCAUACCAAGAAAAACGGAGGACUUCUUUGAAAUGUUAGAGUAUCAUCAGAAAAAUGUCGAUUCACCAUAUACUCAUGAUCGUAUAUGCACCAUGGCAAAACCCUGGGGAAGGGUAACUCUUUCAGGCCAUAAAAUUGUAAUUACAACGUUUCUUGGGGACAACAAAGUCAAAAAAGAAUCCAGGAACGUUGAGGGUGGUGAACAUGAAGUAGUACAAGAACUGGAAGAAGUAUUUGGAAUUAGAAAAGACUGUUGUUUCUACCCAGAAGGGUAG